UCAAAGAACUGGUCCCGCAUACGUACACCCGAGUCGAUCGGUCUCCCAGGACAGAAAAUUCAGCACAGAAACUAUUUCCUCGGCACGUAACGCGCGCUGCUGGGCGUAUGGGUUGAUGGAAUACUGCAGGUGGCAGGGUAGCACAUCGCGGCGAUGAGUCAGCUCGGCAUUUCCCACAGCUCCUCCCAAAAAUAAAGACGUACGUUUGGCAACAAAUGUCGUCAGCAGGCCAGUCGAGCGAGUAACACACACAGCUGCCCUCCCCACCUCGGACACAACACAAGGCGCACAAACCUCAGCGAAAACGCGCCUGACGCAUGCUCAACUCCUCCAGUACGGGGAACGUUGCUUGAACGGGAUGUAACACGUCCUCCUUGUCCCUUCACGUUGCGUGAAUUGUCGCUGGAGGCCAGGAAAUCGGGGCAGACUUUUCUGUUACAAGCCCGUUUCAAGCAACAGGCUGACGGCGGGAUAAUAUUUCGAGCAGUAAAUCUCGCACCGCAGAACGUCUCGCGGGAAUUCGCGAGAUUUCGUCGUAGUUCUGGCGCAUGCGUCUUAUUGAGCGCCAUUUUGUGAGUUUCGUAAGAAUGUUGUGAAUUCAUAUUUCUGUACAUUUGUGACAUUUACUAGCGUUUGGGUAUGGCACAGGAAAGGGUAAUCGCUCUGGUGGACAUGGACUGCUUCUACGUGCAGGUGGAACAACGGAGGGACCCGUCCCUGAGGGGAAAACCGUGCGCUGUGGUCCAGUAUAAGAAGUGGCAAGGGGGAGGGAUUAUUGCUGUGGGAUACGAGGCACGAGCAAAGGGUGUGACACGACAGAUGCGAGGGGAUGAGGCGAAGAAGAAGUGUCCAGAGAUAACCCUGGUCAGGGUUCCCGAGUCCAGGGGGAAGGCUGAUCUCACCAGAUACCGCGAUGCAGGCCGUGAGGUGAUUGAGGUCCUGUGUAAGUUCAGCAGGUGUGUGGAGAGAGCCAGUAUCGAUGAAGCCUACAUUGACCUGACUGAGGAGGUAAUGAAGAGGCUAGAGGAGAGGGGACCAGACAGUGUCACUGUGGACAUGCUGUCCUCUACACACGUCGCCGGCUGGCAAACAGACACUGCUGGACAGAGUUCUGAAUCUGAGGAAAUUAACUUAGAUGGUCGAGCUGUUGGAGUGUACCAAUGGCUGGACAGUCUGAGGAUGAGAGAUGCCAGCAUGUAUGACCGGCGCCUGGCCGUGGGAGCAGCCAUCGCUGAGGAGAUGAGGGCUGCAGUGGAGAGGGAGACUGGCUUCCACUGUUCUGCUGGCAUCGGUCAUAACAAGGUUCUUGCUAAGCUGUGCUGCGGACUUCACAAGCCCAAGCAGCAGACUGUCCUGCCCCACGCCUCAGUACCCCAGUUGUACAGCACACUCCCCAUCAAGAAAGUUCGAGGUUGUGGAGGGAAGCUGGGAGCGUCACUAACUGAAGAACUGGGUGUGGAGUAUAUGGGACAGCUGGCUGCCUUCUCGGAGAAGGAACUGCAAGCAAAGUGUGGGGAUAAGUGCGGCACUUGGCUGUACAACUUGUGUCGAGGUAUUGACUAUGAGGCAGUGAAAGACCGCCAAGUUGCUCAGUCCAUUGGCUGUGGGAAGAACUUCCCUGGCAGGGAGUGUCUGGACACUAAGGAAAAGGUCCUCCAUUGGCUGACUCAACUGACUUCAGAGCUGGCUGAGAGACUGCAGAAAGACAGAGAAAUGAAUAACCGUGUGGCUAAGCUGCUGGUGGUUGGCUUCCGGAACGACGGCAGCCCGCCUACCUCGGCAUCCCGCUCCUGCGCCAUCCACCGUUACGAGGCGGAUCAGCUGUGCAAGGAUGCCUUCAUUCUGCUGAAACAGUUCAAUGUGGCGGGGAACCAUCAAGCUGCCUGGUCUCCGGCGAUAGUAACGCUCCAUCUUGGUGCCAGUAAGUUCAUAGAAGCAGGAGGCACAGCCAGCGGCAACAUCGCAACCUUCUUGAGCAAGACACCGAACAUCAAAGUUACCACUGGGAAUCAACAAACCAAAAAGGAAACCACACAACAUGAAGCCAAGGAAGAGAAGAGGACAUCUGGAAUAGCGGCAUUUUUCUCUCCCAGCCAAAAAAGUCCUGCUAGGGAAGUGGAUAGGGAGAUCAGAACUACACCAUGUACAGCAGUACAGGUUAAAACCUCACCUGCAAAUACUAGCUCAGGACAGGUACAGAAAGUGUCUUUCUUUGCCAAGUUUAAACAAAGCACAGCAGAACAAGAGGGAAAGUCCAGAGAGGGAGGCAUCCCUCUGACAACACAGUGUGAUGGAACACCAAGGAAAACUGGUUUCUUUGCCGCAAAGUCUUCAAAAUCAUCCUCUCUAUCAGGAUCUGCACACUGUCCUGACGAUACACAGGAGGACCUGCAGGGGAAAGAGUGUGACAGACGUUCCGACACAAGCACUGUUAGUCAUCCGUGGGACGAUGUACAAACUCAGUUUGAAAGUUAUGCUCGGGGCACCGGACCUAAUGAUGCCAAUGGCACAGCAAGCAAUUCAGAUUCCAAUGGAGAAGGAUCACUACAGGAAAGCACAGAGUCAGACGGACACGGCUGUGCUGCUACCUCGGAUAGGUGUGUGUCUGUAACAGGAGACACUUCCUGCGCACAAGUGGACAAGGAAGACGUCAUGGCAUGUGAGAAGUGUGGGAAAGACGUGCUAGCCUGGGAGCUUCCUGAACACUUGGACUUCCACUUUGCCAUGGAGCUACAACAACAACAACAACAACAACAACAGACUUCAAAUGGCAUCAGUGGCGGUACCCACCCAAGUGGCAGUAAUGCCAGCAAGGCCACAACAGGUGCUGCAAAGAAACCUGGCAAGAGACGGGGUCGUCCCCCCAAAAGGCAAAAGAUGGACCAUCCCACACUUGAUACAUUCUUCAAACACAGGAGCUGAACAUUGUGCCCUGAAACUAUGAAAAUAUGUAAUUAUUUAUACCUCAAAUGAUAUGUUUUCUUGACAAUGUGAAAAGGAGUCUGAUUACUAAUAGUCAUGUGAAUUUGUAGUGUGUAACUUAUUGAAAAUAUUGUGCCUAUAUGAGUUUGCAUAUUACAUAAUUGUACAUUGCACAUUCAUGAAAUUUGUGUACUACUACAUGUACUUGAGGGUUUUAAUGGUUCAAAUGUGGUUAUUUAUGUAAUUUCUCAUUAUGUAGUAUUGUAGACAAGCCUGCUGCAAAUCAUAUUUUUAUGAUAAACAACUUAUAAAUACAAUAAAAUGUAAAUUGUAUUUAUCCAAUUUGAGAGACAGCUUGCUAAUUUAUAAAAAUACAUGAAAUAUUGUAUAUCAUAUAUUAUGAAUAUCUACUUUUUGACUUUGGAGUGAAUUAAAUAAUUUGUUAAAAGCCAGUGCCUGUGCUUACCUGUGAAGCUGGUGUGUUUUGCCAAAAGCAGUUCUGCUCACUAACCAAAUCUGCCUCAUGUCAUUCAGAUGAAAUUAGUAUACCUUGUUGAGAAACUGUGUUACAUAUGUAGGUUUCAAAGACAAUUCAGAUGACAUGUUAUGAUACAGUAGAAUGAGUAUACUUACUUGAACUAGACUAAAAAAUGCAAUGUAAUUAUAACAGUUUUAAGAACUUUGGAUAACAACAAAGUGGUUUGCAAAAUAAAAUUUGAGGUGUGACA